AUGAACCGUGAACGAAACAACCGUGAAAGAGGUGGCUUUGGCCGCCAAUCGUAUAAUUACUACCGGGCAGAACGUCCCCCCGUUGAGUUUAGUGAGGAAGACAAGCAGAAGAGCACCAACAACCGGAAUAAGGGCAACAAAUUAAGCAAUCGCGAUAAACAACGUGCUGAAGCAUACCGCGAGCGUAAGAACGCCGCCACAAUGGACGCUAUAGCUGAAGAUUUCAACAAGAUUUUGCAUCUAGGUUUUGCUAGCCUCGCGAAUGCCGUGAAAGACCUCAGUAUCACGCAACGUACAGCAAAGAUCGUUCCAGUUUCUACUCAUGCAGUGGGAAUUAUAGUGCGUGACAACAUCCUUAGAUCUGAGAGUGAAUUGCAAGGCCGUGGUCAGCCAUUGAAUUAUAAACGACACGCUUUCUACAGAGUGGCACUUGCCAUGGUCGAAACUAAGUUAUAUACGCAAUUCAAAAUGCGAACUGCCCUUCCCUAUUCGUCGUUUGGCUUUGGGGAGAUAAACCUACCUGCUGAUCUUCGUGACAGGUGCUUGGGAGUUAAGACCCACUUUCUUGGGUUCGUUAACUACUUAAACUCAAUCGGAAAUUUAACAGUGGGAGAUACGCCGCAUUACGUAGGAGUCCCAAUUGCCCAGACUCCGUUUACUAUCACACUUGGAAAUCUGCGAACUGCCGUCGACGCAGCUUUUAACGGUCCCCCGGAAGUCCGGGUAAAUUUAUAUGCGCACAAUCCCUUCCCCUUUGCAGUUUGGGGGUUUGAUAACGAGGAGAAUCCCGUUUUAGCGAACGCAGCGAACAUAAUGCCAGCUGGCUAUGCGAUGAAUGAAUUUCUACAAGAUGUGGAAGUUUGCCAGCAAUACUUCGAAUUGGUAAACCGAAAAUACCCAAAACGUGUGUCAGCUGCAGUCAAUUAUGAGUUAGAGGGACACAAAUCUAUUUUGGUAUCAUGUCAGGGUGAUAUCAGAUGUGCCGACCAUGUUGAAGACGGUGUCCACACCCGUCCGUACAUUGAAGGAGAUGUGAAGGAAUUCUGGCCAUCCGAGCCUUCCACUUCCGACCAAGACUUUUACUAUUCCAGCUUGACGAUGGUCGGACGCGUCCCUGAGGAAGACGCUCACGUUGAUGGCUUCGCCGUCAGAAGUCCUGUGGGAGCGGUGAAGUCAGGCUAUCUUAGUGCACGAACAAAUAUGAGCGUACACUAU